AUGGGCAACAGCGCCGGCCGCAGCGACUUCGAGUGGGUCUACACCGACCAGCCGCACACGCAGCGGCGCAAGGAGAUGCUCGCCAAGUACCCGGCCAUCAAGGCCCUGAUGCGGCCGGACCCGCAGCUCAAGUGGACGGUGCUGGCGCUGGUGCUGGUGCAGCUGCUGGCCUGCUGGCUGGUGCGGGGGCUGGCCUGGCGCUGGCUGUUCUUCUGGGCCUACGCCUUCGGCGGCUGCGUGAACCACUCGCUGACGCUGGCCAUCCAUGACAUCUCGCACAACACUGCCUUUGGCACCUGCUGCGCCACCUACAACCGCUGGUUUGCCAUCUUCGCCAACCUGCCCAUAGGCGUGCCCUAUGCCUCCUCCUUCAAGAAGUACCAUGUGGACCACCACCGCUACCUGGGUGGCGACGGGCUGGACGUGGACGUGCCCACGCGCCUCGAGGGCUGGCUUUUCUGCACGCCAGCACGCAAGCUGCUCUGGCUGGUGCUGCAGCCCUUCCUGUACUCGCUGCGGCCACUCUGCGUGAAUCCCAAGGCCAUGACCCGCAUGGAGGUGCUCAACGCCCUGGUGCAGCUGGCAGCCGAUGCCACCAUCUUCACUCUCUGGGGGCUUAAGCCCAUGGCCUACCUGCUGGCCAGCUCCCUGCUGGGCCUGGGCCUACACCCCAUCUCGGGCCACUUUGUGGCCGAGCACUACAUGUUCCUCAAGGGCCACGAGACCUACUCCUACUAUGGGCCCCUCAACUGGAUCACCUUCAACGUGGGCUACCACAUGGAGCACCAUGACUUCCCCAGCAUCCCGGGCUGCAACCUGCCCCUGGUGCGGAAGAUCGCGCCCGAGUACUACGACCACCUGCCGCAGCACUACUCGUGGGUGAAGGUGCUUUGGGAUUUUGUGUUUGAGGAUUCCCUAGGGCCCUAUGCCAGGGUGAAGCGGGUGUGCAAGUUGGCGGAGGACCGCCUAUGA